GGAGGGGGUGUUGGGCCAGCGGCCCCCCAGGAUGGCCCCAGGUCGUGUCAGUUCUUCUCAGAUGGCCGGAGGAAGGUGGACUAUGUUCUGGUGUUCUACCAACGCAAACAGAUCUCUGUGAGGGGUGGCGAGCGGCUGCACCGUCUCUCCGCCCCCCCACACCCUCCUCACCGUCUCUCUGCCCCCCCGCACCCUCCUCAUCGCCUCUCUGUCAUCUCCAAUGGCAGCUCCCCCCCCUCCGGCCCUGUGGGGGGUUUGGGAUGUGCAGCAGGGCAGCGGAGUGCGGUGGACGGGGAGGUGUGUGUGGACCUGGGCGUGUCCGUGGAAUUAGAGGCGGACCCAGCUGAAGGAGAGAUGGUGCUGAUCAGGGAGGAGUUUGAGGCCAGGCUACUGGAGGCGGGGCUUGAGAUGGAGAGAGACACAGAGGUCAGGGUCUACGGGCCCAGCUUCACGAGACUCCAUGUCCCCUGGCCGGUCCUGAGCAGAGAGGCAGAGUUCCUCAAGAUCAAAGUCCCCACUAAGAAGAGCUAUGAUCUGAAGCAGGAGCAUGGGUUCAGUGCCAGCCUCAGUGAGUUCUGGAGGAAGGUGAACCAGCCGUUCCAACCCAACAUCCCCCAGCUAGACCACAGCACCACCAAGCAGCUCUCGCACUGCUUCUCCAGGGACAAACUACACCUAUUUAACAUCACCUCUAAAGACACGCUCUUUGACAACGCAACACGCAGUCGAAUAGUGUACGAGAUCCUGAGACGCACCGCCUGCACACGCACCUGCCAAUCCAUGG